AUGGAGUAGGUGCCCCAACCACAGAUCGCAGCAGCUGUUCCCUCGCUGCCCCAAAGUAAAUCAGCCAAAUGUAUUUCAUAAAGCCCUUUUUACAUCAGUGGUUGUCACAACGUGCUUUACAGAUACCCAGCCUAAAAGUCUGCUGGAACUGUGUAUCAAUGUCUUUAAAGAGUAGUCUCAUACAGUCGACUUUGGAGGUCCAGCUCUGUCUUUACCUUCUUUGAUUUUAGUCAUUUGUUUUGUUAGCUCAAUUUAUUUCAUACCACAACCUUGCUAGCUGCGGGGUAAAUUACUGCACUUCUGACAAACGUAAACAGAACAUGUGUUACUUUAACUAUUUUUAGUAGGCCUACCCGUGCACUACUGUCAUCGCACAUGGCUAGCUAACAAGCUCGACCUUGUUACAUUUUUACAUAGAGGUAAAACGAUGAAAGUUUAGUCCGUUAGUGGGACCCUGCAAACUAGCUAGCUACGUGUAAAUGCUGCUGGGUAGUUAUUUCGUAUGUUUACUUAACUUCCUUACAUCCGGACUGGAGCGGAUAGCUAGCUAGCUGCCCAAUUUGCCUUGGCCUGUCGCCUGCAUUGCUUCAUUGGUUUGUGUGGAAACAGGCAAUAAAUCACAGGACAGCGGCAUCGUAGAGAUGGAGGAGCUUCCUGUCCCUCAGAACAUCAAGAUCAGCAACAUCACAUGUGACUCCUUCAAGAUUUGCUGGGACAUGGAGCCCCGAGUCAAGGAGCGUAUCACUCACUACUUCAUCGACCUCAACAAGAAAGAGAACAAGAACUCCAACAAGUUCAAACACAAGGAUGUCCCCACCAAACUGGUGGCGAAGGCAGUGCCUCUGCCCAUGACGGUGAGGGGUCACUGGUUCCUCAGCCCGCGUACGGAGUACACCGUGGCAGUCCAGACUGCCUCCAAACAGAGUGACGGAGACUACGCCGUGUCAGAGUGGAGCGAGAUCAUCGACUUCACCACCGCCGAUUAUUCCACGGUGCAUCUAACCCAGCUGCUGGAAAAGGCUGAGGUCAUCGCAGGCAGGAUGCUGCGCUUCUCUGUGUUCUACAGGAAUCAAAACAAAGAGUACUUUGACCAGGCCAGGGAGGUGCAUGGGAACCACAUGCUGCCAGCUGUGAAGGACAACAGUGGAAGUCAUGGCUCACCUAUCAGCGGGAAGCUGAAGGGCCUCUACUUCAGCUGCAACACAGAGUUCAACACAGGCAAGCCCCCCCAGGACUCCCCCUACGGCCGCACACGCUUUGAGAUCCAGGCUGAGACCCUGUUCAACCCCAAGACUAACCUCUACUUCGGGGACUUCUACUGCAUGUACACGGCCUACCACUACGUCAUACUGGUGCUGGCCCCACAGGGCUCGCCCGGCGAUGACUUCUGUAAGGCAAAGCUGCAAGCACUCGACAUCACCAACAACCACUUCCUGACUUGCACGGUGGACGAGGAGGCGGGCGACGGGGCACUGGUUUUCCGGCACGCCCAGGAUGUGAUCCUGGAGGUGAUCUACACAGAGCCCGUGGACCUGGUGCUAGGCACGGUGGCAGAGAUCAGCGGGCACCAGCUCAUGAGCCUGUCUACCGUCAACGCCAAGAAGGACCCCAGCUGCAAGACCUGCAACAUCAGCGUGGGACGCUAGUGGGAGACUGGACUGCACCUGUGCUACACAGACGUACACACACGCAACCCCAACCUAUAUCCUCAAAGGACCACCCUCCCAAAAGAAGAACAUUGCAGGAGAGGGACCCAGACUGUGAAAUAAAUUUAACAACAGGGUAGGGUGCUAGAAUUCCCAGUCCAUAUACACACACACACACACACACACACACACAUCAUCCAUUUUCCUUUUCAACCUCAUAGGAACCACCCUCCCAAAAGUGUGGCAUUCUGUUCAUCCCUCCCGCCGUCCCCAUCAGAAGAGAAACCAUGCAAAAGAGGGAGGAGCCCCAACUGAAAGAUCUACAGCUGAAGUGUGGGAUCCUAACAAGCCUUGUUCAGCAUCAUCCAAACCGCUAGCCAAAACUGACUGAUCCUAACAAGCCUUGGUCAGCAUCAUCCAAACCGCUAGCUAACACUGACUGAUCCCUUUAAAUGUUCUAACCAAACAUUAUUCCGUGCAUGUAUUCACACAGCUUUUCUCAUUGAUUUUCUCUUCUGUUGUUUUUCAAACGUCUCCUUCUCCCGUUGACCUCUUCAAAUGUUCUGUUGUUCACUUCAGUCCAGGUAGACAGAUGGUUGUGUUCCUGUUUUCCCAUCUCUCCUGGAAGGCGUUAGAAUGGUUCAGAUCCGACAGAUCUAAGUUACUCCUCCCUCUAUCGGCAGAGACUGGUACUAAUUUAGAGCUGCAGUGUCAUCAUCUUUAUGCCAAAGGUAACACAAAAGGACAACUUGCUGUAGAAUAACAAUACUAAUGCAACAGCCACUAAAAGCAUAUUAACUCGGAGAUCAAGUUGAACUACUUGGUAACCAUUAAGAGCAUGAUGCAGUAUGUACAGCAUGACUUUGAAAACUGAGUCUGUCAGUUCCUCUACCAUAGCUACCCUUCUGCAAUGUUAUGUGGCGGUGACGUCUCACUCUACCAUAGCUACCCUUCUGCAAUGUUACGUUUGAUUUAUUCUAGUUAUAAGGAAACCAUAAACUGUGUUUAGUAAAGUAAUGUGAAAAAAUAUUUAUUUUUUACUGAUAUAUAUACACAUAUAAACCAGAAGUGCACAAUGUCAAGAGCUCUGAUCCUAGUAAACAAUUGCAUUGUUGGAUGAAAAACACAAAAAGGAGAAAACAACACAGAUUUGAGUAACUUGCACUAUGCCAACAUUCACAAGUUAGUUUUUUUCCAAGGUAAUGUAUAACUUGAAUUGCCACAAUUCAUCAUAUCAACUAUGAACUAUUACAUAUGAUAGUACAUUGUGGGACUAAAAACGGAUUGACAUGCACAAACAUUCUACAGGAUUGUCGGAUUGUGUAUUCGGAUGACAUAUCCCCCUUGCCAAGAUUGCACUUUUCAAAGAGCAGCAUUUGAACGUAGUAGACCACGUUACGUACCUGUUAUAUCGACAUUAGUUUGGCAAGAACAAAAUGCAAGUAACAAUAAAGUGCCAUAAAAUAGCUUAGAAUAGCAUAAAAUAACAUUUCUAACAUCAACCGUGAUAUAUUUGUUCUCUUUUUUUCCUUAAAAUGAAAGUGUUACACUCGCUACAUCAGUUGCAGAAAAAAGUAUAAUUUGUCAUGAAUAACAAAGGACUUGUUAAGGGACUAAAAAUAGCUGGAUGUGGCCCAGCAAUUCUUGCAUCAUCUUGCCAUCACUCUUAACCAAAGUGAGAGUCAGUCAACAUCAAAGUAAUUUAAAGUGCAUCACCAUGUAAGCAUCGCAUGAAACAUGACCAGAAGUACCGGUAUCUCACUUUGAAAUUUGUUCUGGAAAAAAAAUGAUCCAAUAAAGUGAGCCAAAAAAAACUGUUUCAAAAUAAAAGUCCCACUGUGAAGGAGGCUCAAACAGUCUUCGGAGUAUCCCGUUUACUGAGCAGGACAUCCAGCAAACGGAGUUUAGCUUUUAAGUUCUUGUACUCGCAGUACUCCUCUGCCAUGGGCCCAUGGUCCUCUUUCUGGGCAGCCCUUUAAAGACGAGGAAGAGAAAAAUACUAACUUAACAUUUCAGAUAAGCUGCAGCUUUCAUUACUGGUAUAGUCCCUGUGUUGCCUUAUUCAGAUAACUUUGUACAGUAAGUAUUGUAAUCAGAACAUUUUAUUUUACUUUCAAAAACCGCUACAUAUACAAAAUAUGUGUAUAGUUCAGAGCAGUUGUCUCGAUCUCUCCGUCUCUCUCCCAAGUACUUCUUUGUGUCGUAUUAACGUCAGUAAAUGUGCAUCACGCUGUUGUGAUUCUGCUGAAUUCUUCUGGUGGAUGUUUUAUUUUAUUUUUCACAAGGCGUUGUUGAACUAUGAAAACCAAAUGUUCCAGUUUAUUAAAAGAAAAUGAAAGGAAAA